AUGAACCCUAGCAUCUCCAUCCCAGACCGUCUUCCGGUCUUGCCGCUUCCAUACCCGCUCGUCCUGCAUCCCAACCUCCUUCUUUCCAUCAACAUCUCUUAUGCACACUCGCUCAGCCUUCUCAAAGCUGCUCUGCAGUACUCGGCGCUUAAGGAUGGCAUCGAGUCUCACAACGAUGCUUCCCCAGGUUCUCACCGAAGAAGCGCCUCUCGCCUUGACUCGAACAAACCCAUCAUCAUCGCUUGUGUGCCGACCCUGAAGGCACCCAAGGGAACCGCAUCAGCGGACAAGCCAGCUUCCCGCGCAACCAACCCAGCUUUGCCUACAGAUCUGAAUGCCCGCAGCGUCACCACUGCCGAAGACAACGACACUCGUAUUCGCAUCAACGACCUCUACGAUUGGGGAUGCGCUGCUCGCUUGGUGCGUCUGGUCCGCAACCCGCAGACACAGACCUGUACCUUGCUCGUCUCCGGUCUCACUCGUGUCCGCAUCGAUCGAUGGCUCUCCAUUCGUGCUCCCCUUACUGCCACCACCGUCGACCCCAAGAGUAAUCUUGUCAUUCCUGAUGUGCCCAUUCCGCUCGCUACUGCCACCGCCUUCGUCGACGAAGAGUCAUGGCCUACCUUCCCUGAAGCUUCGCCAGGCGACAUUAACCUCGUCGUCAAGCUAAAGAAGGCAUCUGCCGAACUCAUCGAUGCUAUCGCUCAGCUCCACCCUCCCAGCGAUGGCACCACCAACAUCCCUUCUCCCAUCGUAAGUCCUGCACUUCCUCUCCUCCCAGCAAGUCUGCUCAAGAAGCUGCGUGACUUUAUGCAAGAUUGCCGAGAGUCGCAAGCUGCGCUUCUCGCAGACAUUGUCGUUGGCACACUUGGCGGUGCUUGCGAAUGGUCUGAGCGUGUAGCCAUCCUCGCUGACUGGGACCAGCGCGAGCGUGUCCGUCAUUCUGUCCAUGUCAUCCAGAACGGUGUCAAGCGUGUCAAGCUUGCCCGUGAACUGCUCGCCGCCCUCUCCUCUCCCCUCAACCCCAGCAACAAGGAGACUGUCAUUCGGUCGCAGCUCCAAGCUUUGCUCAGCCAGCUCGCUGCGCUUAACCAGGGUGUAGCUGCACGCAUCUCCGCCAUCCCAUCCAACCCUGGCGACAGAGACGACAACAAGGUUGGUGGUGGCAUCAUAAUCCGCGCUCCCUCUUCCCGCAACAACACCAACAACGAGAACGGCAGUGUUCCCAUCAUCACUGGGCCUCUCAGCGGACGUCGUGGCGGCAAGCCAGGCAUCAAGGCUAUCCCCGGCGGAGGGUUGCCUGGCGCUGGUGGAGGCGAUGAUGACGAAGACGAAGUCGCCGAGCUCGCCAGGAAACUCGAACAGGCCCGUCUGAGCCCUGAAGCACGCAAGGCUUGCGACAAGGAGCUUAAGCGUCUCUCGCGCAUUCCACAGCAGAGUGUCGAGCGAGGUGUCGUCAUAACCUACCUCGAAAUCAUGGCCGAGCUGCCGUGGGAGAAGAUCAGUGCCGACGUUGAGCUCACUCGCGAUCACGAGGGCAAGGCUGUUCUGCUGCACGAGAAGAGCAACAACGCGCCCGCACCUGAAGAGGGCAUCGUCGACCGUGCUCGUCGCAUCCUCGACGCCGACCACUACGGUCUCGAGAAGGUCAAGAAGCGUCUUAUCGAGUAUCUGGCCGUGCUCGAGCUCAAAACCAACCAAGCCAAGGAGCGCUUCGAAGCUGAAGAAGCCGAGGAGCGCAAGAUCACUGCAGAGCGACGCAAGGCCACCCCCUCUACUUCGACGGACGAGGCGGCCUCUGCCGGCGACGAUGACGAUGACGAUGGCUCCUCGGCUGCCGAGCUCGAAGAGGGCGAAGACCUGGUGGCGCGAGAGCAGGGCAUCUCGAAAGAGGAGAUUCUAGAGGAGAAGCGUCGUCGACGCAACGAAAAGCUGCGUGUUGGCGAUAAGGGUCCCAUCUUGCUGCUCGUCGGUCCUCCAGGUACCGGUAAGACCUCGAUUGCCAAGUCGCUCGCAUCGGCACUUCAGCGUCCCUUCACAAGAAUGUCGCUCGGUGGUGUCCGUGAUGAAGCCGAGAUUCGAGGUCACCGCAGAACCUACGUUGGAGCCAUGCCAGGCUCCAUCGUCUCGUCUCUUCGCAAGGUUGGCGUCUCGGACCCUGUCAUCUUGCUCGAUGAGGUCGACAAGCUUGGCAGUGGCAACGGCUUGCAUGGUGACCCCAUGGCUGCCAUGCUUGAGGUGCUUGACCCUGAACAGAACCACACAUUUAGCGACCACUACAUCAACGUGCCCAUCGACUUGAGCCGUGUGCUCUUCAUUGCUACAGCCAACUCGCUCGACACCAUUUCGCCACCCCUGCUUGAUCGAACCGAGGUCAUCCACAUCUCGGGCUACACUCAUGAUGAGAAGACGGCCAUCGCACGGCAGUACUUGCUGCCCAAGCAGAUCAAGGCACAGGGUCUAACUCCUGACCAGCUCGUCGUCUCGGAGGAAGUAUUGCUCAAGGUAGCUAUGGGCUACACGCAUGAGGCUGGUGUUCGUACACUGGAACGAGAGAUCGGCGCUCUGGCACGAGCCAAAGCGGUCGAGUAUUCGCAGUUCAAGAAGGGCACACUCAAAGAUGAGCAAGGUAAUCCCAAGGAGUACGAUCCUGUUGUUCGAGAAGAGGAUCUGGAGAAGUACCUUGGACCCGACACGUACGAGCCCGAGGUGGCGGAAGCCAAUGCACGCCCAGGUGUCUCGACAGGACUGGCCUACCAAGGCUCUGGCUCGGGCGGCAUCUUGCACAUCGAAUCGCUGCUUCUCCCACCUGGCAGCGGCUACCUCAAGCUGACCGGCUCACUUGGUGAUGUGAUUCGCGAGUCGGCUGAGCUGGCACUUUCCUGGGUCAAAGGCAAUGCCUUCCAACUCGGCAUUGUUCACACGCGCGACUCAGAGUUCCCGAAGAACGACAUCCACCUUCACUUGCCUUCGGGUGCCAUUCCAAAGGACGGCCCUUCGGCUGGUGUGGCCAUGACCUGUGCACUGGUCAGUCUGUUCACCAAGACGCCCAUCUCUCCUUAUCUUGCCAUGACAGGUGAAGUGACGCUCCGUGGCGUUGUGAUGCCCGUCGGCGGUAUCCGAGAGAAAGUGACCGCGGCUUCGCGUGCUGGAAUCAAGAAGGUGCUACUGCCUCACCGCAACCGCAAGGACGUGGAGGUGGAUCUGCCCAAGAAUGUGCGCGACGAGCUCGACAUCAAGUACGUCAAGACGGUGUGGGAAGCUAUGGAGGCUGCCUUUGGCAACAAGCUUUUCGAGAAUGCCGCUCUUGCUCUCGAGGCCAACGGAUACAGUCAAGAGCAUGAGGGUAUCCGUGAAGGUCGUCGUUUGAUGCACGAGAUGGAGGAUUCGCGACUGUAG